CAAAAUAGUAAGUGCGCCAAAAACAUCGAUAAAGUGAGCCAAAGGGUGAGUUUGGCGAAGUCCCCUCUUGCUGUAGGGGUUGCAUUCAUUUAGGAAUCAGUAGAAGUUUUGCCUAGCUGUUGGAAGGUGAGUAGAUUUAGAUAUGACGGCGGGGGAGGGAUGAUGCAGAGCAAGGAAUCCCAAAAUAGUAAGUGCGCCAAAAACAUCGACAAAGUGUGCCACAGGGUGAGUUUGGCGAAGUCCCUUCUUGCUGUAGGGGUUGCAUCCAUUUAGGAAUCAGUAGAAGUUUUGCCUAGCUGUUGGAAGGUGACUAGAUUUAGAUAUGACGACGGGGGAGGGAUGAUGCAGAGCAAGGAAUCCCAAAAUAGUAAGUGCGCCAAAAACAUCAACAAAGUGUGCCAAAGGGUGAGUUUGGCGAAGUCCCUUCUUGCUGUAGGGGUUGCAUCCAUUUAGGAAUCAGUAGAAGUUUUGCCUAGCUGUUGGAAGGUGACUAGAUUUAGAUAUGACUCCCUGGAUGAGUAAUGUAUCUCUCGUCAUCAAAUUUAAUGCAUUUCGUCUCAACGAACUGUUUUCUGUUCCACGCAUACAGCCGACAGAAUUGAUCAGCAGUUUCGGGGGAUGCUUGGGCAUGUGGAUUGGAGCCUCCAUUAUCGACACGCUGGACGUCCUGACUUGCAUUAUGCUGGCUCUUUAUUACAAGUUCAGCUCCAGAAAGAAACGAAUAAAAAAGCUCAGAUCAAUGAAGUGUCACACCAUGAGGAAAAGGCUGAGCAUUUACGCGGUAUUGAAGAAUGCCUACAUUCGAAGCAUGUCAGAUGUGGUACUGGUGAAAUCGAAAAAGGAGAGACUGGUGAAGAUGUCAGUAUUCCUUCUGUCAGUGGGCGGGUUCCUGUAUCACAGUCUCUAUUUGACGAAGCUUUACCUGUCAUACGAGGCAACCAUGAACGAAUUUAUAAGCAGGCCCAGCAUCAUCCAAAGACCCGCCAUCACUAUCUGCAACAGCAAUACGCGGAAUCGGAAGAAUGUAUGCUUGGAACACCCCUCAAAGUGCACAUUCCUCAAAUCCGAGGAAGAACUCUGUGAAAAAUAUCCUCUCUACUGCACGCCAGAUCCUAACGAGCGCUUCCUUGGGGUUUUGAAUGGAAGUUAUGAGUGUCGCAAUGACUGCCCUUCAUGGGAAAAAAUCCGGAAUGAGAGCGAGAAUGUUCUGACGACCUGCUUAGAUGAAAGUCUCGGGAAGGAAACGAAAUGUACAAAGGAUGAUUUUUUGGAAGUCGCAUUCACGACCCAUGAAGGGCAACCGACCAUUUGUUACACAUAUGGUUCUCAAAUUAGUAAGCUUUACUCUAAGGACGGUGAUCCAAAGAUUUCUUUGAGGAAGAACAUUUCCUACAUGUCUACAUCUCACGCAAUCAGAGUGUCCUUUAUGAUCCCAACGGAUAAAUAUCUUGAUUCCACUGAAACACCUGCCAUCUACAUGGCUGUCCACGAUCCUCGGAGAUUGGUUAACCCUUUCAGGGAAGGAUUGAAAUUAGAAGCAAGAUCCGUGAACGUCGUCAACAUCAUUGGAAUGUUAGAACAGAAACUUUUACCUUCACCCUAUGUCACAAAUUGCACUGACUACAUCGGAAUGUGGAACAAAAAUAAAGGAAAGGGACCUCUUGAUACAGCUGAAUGCAUAGCGUACUGCCAAUUUGAUGUUUUGAAAAAGGAAAGAAGAUGCAUUCCUAGGAAUUUGGGACUCUCCCACACCUCCCCUCUCUGCAGAGAAGGAGAAUCAGUUUCACAGAAUAUCCUAGAAUUUUGUUUGACGCAGUGCGGAAUUCCUUGUUUAUAUCAAUAUUACCAGCAAGACCUUGAAAUAGAAGCUGUAAAGAUGAAGAUUAUACAUUCAUUUGCCAAAAUGUUUUCAUUUUACAAGCUUGCAUUUGACAUUCCGAUUUACACUAAAGAUGGAUUGACAUCCGAUUGA